AUGGUUGGUCGUUGUGCUGCUUGCAAGUAUUUGAGAAAAGGAUGUCCGGAAGAUUGCAUUUUCGCUCCCUAUUUUCCCCCCAACAAUCCUCAAAGAUUUGAACAUGUUCAUAGAAUCUAUGGUGCCAAGAAUGUUGCCACCUUGCUUAAGGAAUUGGAAUCACUGCAACCGUAUUUUCGAGCUCAAGCCAUUGAAACUUUAUGUUAUGAGGCUGAAAGUAGAAUACAAAAUCCUGUGUAUGGCUGUGCUGCGCUUAUUUUCCAUUUACAACAGCAAAUACAUAACAUAGAAUCUGAAUUAGCCAAAAUACGUGCUGAGAUUGCAGUUCUUAGCUCUAAUGGACAAGGACAAGGAGCAUCUGAGAUGCAGCCGAGUAUUGAUCAAGUUCAUGAGGAUUGA